CUCGAGAGCUGACGACCAUGGAAGCCGUUCGCAGAGCCGGCUACAACAUCGAUAUCUCCUCGAUCGAUACAUCAGACCUUACCGAUGACGAAAGGAUCACACUCCAGAAAGAAUUAGAAGAAUUAUUCCAACCUAGGGAUGACCCCAGUGACCUGCCCAAGGACUUGCAGAUGGCGGCAGAAAAGCAAGUGAAUGAGAGACCAGGAGUCUUGAAGGAGAACAUCAGAGCCCUCAGAGAACUCCUGAAACAAGAAGAGAAUUUAAAUGCCAGGACAGAUGACUUGUUUCUUGCAGCAUUCCUGAGAGGUCGAAAAAAUGACGUUGAAAAGGCCUUUCGGUGUGUCAAAAACUUCUAUGAGUUUGGAUACAGAUACCCAGAUAUGUACAGCAUCAUUUACCCUUCAGAAAAUCCUGAGGUAUUUGAUCAACACCACUUCGGAAGUUUGCCAGGAACCGACAGAAAGGGAAGAAAGAUAUGUGCUAUCAUCCCAAGUAGACUUCGACCUUCUGAAAUACCUGUGAUACAAAGCUUCAUGAUGGGAAGAACAGUACUAGAGCUCAUGCUUAUGGAUCUGCGCCUCCAGGUGAUGGGAACCUGCGUUAUAUUUGAUAUGGGAGGACUCAGCUUAGUGCAACAGGCCAGGCUGAUAACCCCAACUGUCUGUUGGCACCUCGCAAUGUGUGUACAGGAUAAAAUUCCAAUGAGGCUAAAAGCGGUGCACGUUGUUAAUCAGCCAAGUUAUUUUACUGCAAUCCAUUCCAUUUUCAAACGGCUUCUGAAAAAGAAACUAAGGAAAAGGAUAUUCCUUCACGGUACCAAUUACAAGGCCCUUCACGAACACAUUGCUCCUGAGGAGCUCCCUGAAGAAUGGGGUGGCACCAGGAAACCUUUAAGUGGAACGCUCACCAAAACUCUUCUCCUGUUAAAUGAAGACAGGUUCAGAGAGUGGACUGAUAAGGGAUACAAAGACAACACCAUUUAGUCAGUAAUUUAUGAAAUGAAAACCUACCAAGAAACAAGUACCUUUAUUUCGAAAAUAAAUGUACUGAAAUCAUUGUGAUAAAAUAUGAAUUUAAAAUUUGGUGUUUUUUAUAUAGAAUAAAAUAAUUUCAACUAUGAAAAUGUUUCAUAUUAGAAAAACUUUAAUAACAUUGAUAAAAACAGAAUAGCUAGUUGUGGGUCUGAUUAGGAGAAAUUUUUGUAUACCUCGGCCAGUUUCUGAAGGUUGAGUUGUGGAAGAGUGGGGAACCAGGAAUAGAGUGUAAUGGGAGAUUAAUCACAGCGUUUAUUAACUGGCCAAAGUAGACAAAAAAUAUCUAUACUUCAUAGGAAAUAAUAGGUUAAUUGGUUGUUCAACAGCAUAUUUUGCCUUGUUUAGAAAAUUCAAACUGUCAUAAUGAUACAAAAGUCAUUUUUGAAAGUAGUUUAGAGGUGAGUUGUAUGAAGUUCAUAAUAUGAAUCCUCUUUAUCAUAUUUGAAACAAUAAUAAUUAAGAAUAUUAAAAUGUUAUUGAUUUCUUGACAAAAUUAACAUAUCUAUUUAAGUUCAAUGUUGUAAAAAGUUCCAGAUAAAAGUCAUUAAAUUAUGUAGUAAAUAGUUGAUUGUAGUAAUCCUUCUAGGAAAUGAAAAUAGGACUCCUGAAGAGAAAUUUUCACUUUUAAACUGGAUUUAAUCUCUCUGUGUUAUUUACUCCAAACAUUUCUCUUUAUAUUAAGGCUUUGUUUUUACUUCAUUGCAUUUAUUUCAUUUUUACAUCGGCUAGUAAGCCAUUUUCAAGCCAUUAUAUUUAAUCAUGCUCCUUACAUGUUGUUCAUAAUUGUAUUAUAGUAGAUGUGUACACAUGACUUUAAUCCAAUUAUGGACUACAUGUAAGAAGCAUUAUUAAAUAUAAUGGCUUCAAAAUAGCUUACUAGCCGAAACGUAGCUGAUGUAAAAUUGAAAUUUAUGUGAAGUAAAAACACAGCCUUACUUUAUAUUAUUAUAAAAUAUUUUACCUAAAACAAAUAAGCACAAAUGGAUUCCUCUAUAUACUUUAUCUUUAGAAGUUUAUCUGACUUUGUCAUUUACUACUCUCCUCAGUAUUAUAUUAUUAUAAGCGCAAUCGGGACAAAAUAAAACUCUCAGAUGUGCUUUCUCGCCUUCUUUUGCAACCAUAUUUAUUCUGUUCUUUUGCUAUGUACUUCUUUUCUCUCUUCUGUUCAGGUAUUCCUGGCUCAACUCAUUGCCACUUCUGCUGGUUCAGUUCACCAAGUGUGUAAUUUGGGUCAUAACUUUUUUUUUUAAUGUUGGUUUUGGUUUCGUAAAACUUCUGAUUAUUUGAGGUCUAGCUUUAUUUCAUUAAUUCAUUUUAUUGUGUCUGUUACGUCCACCUCCUAUUAUAUAUAUAUAUAUAUAUAUAUAUAUAUAUAUAUAUAUAUAUAUAUAUAUAAUUCUAUAAACUAUUUGUCUAGUGAUACAGUUCAGGUCCAUUCCUUUGAUGUACCCAUUCAAUUUUAUUCAACCUUUUCUAGUAUAAUUGUAAACAUUUUUGUAUAGGUUGAUUUUUGUUUUAAUGAUGAUUUUCCAUUUCUUUUUUUCUCAUGUUUUUACGUCUUUUUCUCUGAUUAAAAAUAAAGGUUUUCGAUUAAUAGAGACAUUUUGGCUUGAUUAUCGUAUUGUAGCAUCAUGGUUUUGUGUGUUUAUAAAUAUAUUUUUUGUUUUAGAAAUUUUGCAUGAGAUAACGAUUGGUUGUUUCCAAUAUUAUUAUUUAUUCGAACCUCAGUAUAUUUAACAUUUGUAUUUUGAAAACCAGUGUAUUUCCACUUUUGUUUAAUAAUCUUUCGAUUUGUUUAUAAAAAAAAAUAUUUUGUGUAUCAAAUAAAAUGUAUAUAUUUUGACCAAAAAUUCACAUUUAAAAAUCAUAAAAUGUUAUUAUUACAAAAGAGGUACUUUAGAGGAAUUAAAUACAGAACCCUUGGGAGUGUUAUUUUCAAUCAAAGUCAGUUUAAUAUUAUCUUUCUCAAAAUGAAAAUUUGAAUUGUAUUAAUGUAUUAUACACAUUGUUAAAAAAGCUCGGAAUUGUUAUUUUUAGAAAAUUCAUGUGCAGUAGUGAGAUCAAGGGAUCUUCAAACAUUUUCGAUUAAGCUUAGCUGAAUUAUUACUGCUAAAAUGCUAAGUUUCAUUUUGUAUUAUAUUGUUAUUGGGUUUAUUACUUUUUUCUUAAAUAAAUACACUUUAUUUACUUAACAUUUUGUAUUAAUUAUUUACAUUGUAAAUUUUAAUGCAUUGGUGUAGUACAUAGUUUGGAGACCAUUUACCUUAUUAAACCUGGAUGCAUAUCAAGGAUCUUCAAUCUUUUUGCCCUGCCUUUUUAUCCAGUAUUACACCGAGUUGAAGUGGCUCUACCCAUCCUAUCGCCGUCACUACUUCCUAGCUACCUUUCUGUACCAGAUCAUUAAAAAUCAUAGACACUCCUAUAUUUUUCACAGCUUACAAUUCAAACACUCCAUCCAAUCCCAUCCCACUAGAUCUUGUACCUUCGACCCCUAUUCUCCUCCUCAGCCGACUGCUGCGUUUGACAAAUCAUUUGCUAUUUAAGCCGCCUCCCUCUGGAAUUCCAUCUCUGCUGAUAUUUGACACCCACAAUCAGUUUACUCUUUCAAACCUCUCCUUUUUAAACACCUACUGCUUUCUUAAUCCGACUGAUUACAAAAUAUACCUAAAAACGCUAUUCGAAGAACCCUCAGAAACUAUUUCUAUUAUUUUAGUUUCCCUUGGUUGUUUUGUAUAUAUGUACGCUUUUCUUGUAUUUUUCUCUCUCUUCUGUAUUUUUACUUUAAAUAAUUAUUAUUGUAUAUAUCUAAUUUAUUUAUGACCAAACAUACAUGUAUUUUGUAGUUAUAAUUUGUUCUAAAGAUACAACAGUCCCAGAAUAAUAAAAUAUAUUUUCAUUUCAUUUCAUACACUGAGAUACAGACCAUUUUGUGGGACUUGGUUAUUUUGACUUAGGGGACCUCAAAAGGUGCAUUUCAGUUAAAAUCUGAGAUUCGAAAAUUUUCACGAUCGCAAUACUUUCCCUUACUGUACAUAAGGUAAGUAUAAAUAAAAAAUUAUUACAUAGUACUUUUAUGAAAGAAAAAGUGAAAUAUAAAAAUAUUCAUAGAUGUAUAAACCAUAUCUUUGUAACCUUAAAUAUAUUUACUGUAGUUCGGUAAAUAUCGUUGGUUUAUUUUCCCAAAUUUAACUCUAUCUUGUUAAUCUUCCUCUUUAAUAGUAUUUUUUUUUUACUUCUGCUUUUAUUUGUUACGAAUAACUCUUUAUGUUUUUCUGUCCCAUCACUAUAUCGAAUACUUUUUAUUUUAACCUAUUCCGAUAAAUGAAUGAAAAAUAAAACGUAUAUGGUUUCAUUUUCAUUUAUUUUUUCAAUAUUACACAGGGCUGGAUUUCAGUAAUAGCAGCAGGAUAUUUUGAGUAUUGACUGAGAUUGAGAAGAUCUAUUUGACCCUCAAUAUCGUCUCUGUCUUCCAGAUAGCUAUCCUGUGAAAUCGAACAUUUUUCUCUUUCUUCAUUUUGGUCAAAUGUUACUCCGAUGUCUUCUCUGACGUACCUACCUACUCUAGCCAAAGCUUCUUUUUCCCAUUGGUAAUAAGAGGUAGGCCAAUCUUUCAGCAUCA